UGAAUCCAUUAAGACUACUAUAACUACGAUAAUAUCAAUAAGUAUAAGCAGACACUUUUAAUAUACUAAUCCAGGUAUACUUUGACGCCUAAGCUCUAAUUGUUUCAUAAGGGAGAUUAAAGUACGUUCGACAGUAAAUUUGUAAUUUAAGUAAUGACUGUUGUAUGCAUUUUAUUGGUCAGUACCUUUGGGGUAGGAGAAUAUAGCCCAUAGUUUUGAAGCAUAUAUAAACCCAAAAUUUUCUGUCACUGAUCAAUUUGUGAAAAAUUGUCAAGUGCAAUAGUCAAUAGUUGAGUGAAAUAACGUUAACAUCAUUCAAAUAACAACCAAGUCAUGGCAUUACUGGCAUCAAUAAGAACAGCAUUUCAAGACAACCUCGACAAAUAUCUCAUGGAGGCGGUAGAGACAAGAGAUUUGACAAAAAUCCACAAAAUUAUCUUGGAUCAAGUACCCGAAGUUCCGCCAAAUGCAAUGAACGCUUCAAGAUUCUUGUAUUUAGCUCUGGAACUCAAAGAGUUUGACUUUGCUGAAAAAAUAUAUAAAAUUUUUGUGGGCUGUGCAAUAAAUGAUUGUGUGGAAUACGACGAGGAAGAAGAGUUUGUGGGGUGGACUGCGUUGCAUUAUGCUGUGCAGAACAAGAACCGCGAGGCAGUGAAGUUCUUAUUAGAAAGAGGAGCCGAUGUUAACGUUGAAACUGAAGAUAAACUACAACCGAUCAAUCUGGCAGUUAAUAACAGAGACAUUGGGAUGACUAAAUUGCUUUUGAGUUAUGGUGCUGACGACAGGCAUUGCCAGGAUUGGCUGGUUACACCCGACAAUAAAAGAAAGCAAUCACGUCGUCGUAAUAAAAAAAAAUAAUGUUGAUGGAUGGUCCGGGAAAAUGAGUAUUUUCUCAAUUUCAAAUCUAAAGGAGUGAGUCAAGGUAUAAGACAUUCAAAAAUAUCUCAAAUCUUUGUUUUAAAUAUUUUUUAAAUUGUGGUUUUUAACAUCAACGUUUUCAAUUUUAAUUAAUAUGACUCAUUAUAACUAUCAUUAAUAUGUGAAAAGUUUUUUAUAAAAAUGAUUCAAUUAACAUAAACUAUAUUAGGCUAUAAAACCAAAAAAUAUAACAUUUCAUUGCUAUUAUCAAAAAUUAAUACUCCGAAUCAUCAUUUUAUCACGUAACAAAAAAUACAAAUUAAAAAUAUGUCACCAAAAAAUAUCAAAAAAUUUUUUUUGAAACUGUUUUUAAAUAGUGAAUUUGUGUCAAAGUUUUUAAACUUAAUU